CCCGUGUGCACCCCGCCGCGGCCGCCCGUGAGCCCCGGGGCCGGUGGGGAAGCUCGCGGCGUGCGCUUGGCCCGGGGCCUCGCUGUCUGGGGCUGUCCCGUAAAGGCAGUGACGAGGUCCGGGUGUUCCCGCUUUGUGUGGCGCUGGUGACAUGGCCGGGGCUGUGGAUGUGUGGCGGCUCUCGGCCGUCCUGUAGCGCACGGAUGUUCUGUGUCAGUGUGUGCUAGCUUGCAGUCCCGGUGCUGCUGCUGAGGCCAUGGCGGCACACGAUUGGAACACGCUAAUCUGCCUGUUCCUCACUAGCAGAGGCAGUGGCUACCUGUAAGAGACCAGAACCAUCUCUAACCGCAUUCCAGUAGUUUCCAAGUCCGUCUCCAUCAAAGCUUCCGCAAAAAACGGGGCUCAAAAGGGACGGCUUCUGUCUCUUGUCCCUGUUGUUACACAAGGGUGACAGACUAAAGGUAGCUCGAAUUCUGUGGGGGCAAAAUGUCUUUCUAGCUCCAUAGCUGAAACAGAUGCAUUCUUUAUCAGGAGUUUUUCAGAAUUUGCUUCCCCCGUGUGGAAAAGUUCAUCCAAUGCUUCGAAGGUUUGGCAAAGUAACAAGGAAGGAAAGUUUCUGGAUGGAACCAGUUUUGAGUAACUGUGUCCAGAAGUGGCCCUUGAAGUCUUGGAUUUUUUUUACUUGAGACUAGUUUUGUGAUGGAGACGGUGUUGAAGUCUCCCUGUGAUGAACAGCACCCUCAGCAGGCUGAAGACUUCCAUGGGAAUCUUGAGCAGAACAAGCUUUCAGCAGCAGUAAAAAAAGAUAUUGAAAAGCUUUAUGAAGCAGUGCCACAGCUUGUAAAUGUGUUCAAAAUAAAGGAAAAAAUUGGAGAAGGUACCUUUAGUUCUGUUUACUUGGCCACAGCACAGCUACAAACAGGACAUGAGGAACAAAUGGCUCUGAAACACUUGAUUCCAACCAGCCACCCUCUGCGAAUAGCUGCUGAACUUCAGUGCCUCACAGUGGCAGGGGGGCAAGAUAAUGUUAUGGGACUUAAAUACUGCUUCAGGAAAAAUGAUCAUGUUGUUAUUGUUAUGCCAUAUCUGGAGCAUGAAUCCUUCUUGGACAUUUUGAACUCCCUUUCCUUCGAAGAAGUGAGGGAAUACAUGUUUAAUCUGUUUAAAGCACUGAGGCGCAUUCAUCACUUCGGUAUUGUUCACCGUGACGUCAAGCCCAGCAACUUCCUCUACAACAGGCAGCUAAAAAAGUAUGCCUUGGUAGAUUUUGGCUUGGCACAAGGAACCCCUGAUACAAAAAUAGAGCUUCUUAAAUCUGCCCACUCUGAAGACCAGCAGGGAAGUUGCUUGCAGACUAAUCCUGCUGUAGCCUUGAGAAACGGAGUUUCUGUCUGUGUCGCAGCACCCAAACAGAUAGCUCAACAGUCAGCCUCAAAAGCAGCUGAUAGAAGGUCCAGCUCACUUUCAAAAGUACAGAUGAAACAAGGAAGAGGAGGAAAGGAGGACUCUGUGCACCAUUCUGUCCAGCGCUCUGUCUUUGGAGAGAGGAAUUUCAAUGUUUAUAGCUCCACAUACCAGGAGAACUCAAGCACAAAACUCAUAAAACAAUCAAAGAUUAUAGAUGUUUCAUCCAAGAAGUUAGUAACAAAGAAGAAGAUUAUUUCUACCAAAACUGUGAGCAAUGGGGCAGCCAGGAAAGCUGCCAGUGGUUGCCCUUUAAACCUGCUCUGUGACUGUUAUGCAACGGAUAGAGUUUGCAGUGUUUGCCUUUCAAGGCGUCAGCAAGUGGCUCCCAGGGCAGGAACACCUGGAUUCAGAGCACCAGAAGUAUUAACAAAAUGCCCCACUCAAACCACAGCAAUAGACAUGUGGUCUGCAGGAAUCAUAUUCCUUUCUCUACUCAGUGGACGGUAUCCAUUUUUCAAAGCAAGUGAUGAUUUAACUGCUUUGGCACAAAUCAUGACAGUUCGUGGAUCCAGAGAAACCAUUGAGGCUGCUAGAACUUUUGGAAAAUCAGUUGUGUGUACCCAAGUUGUCCCAUCUCAAAACCUACGAACCCUCUGUGAAAAGCUGAGAGGAACAAAUAGCAGCUGUAAGAGAUCUCAGGGGGAAGGGCCCAGCAGGUCUGAAAAUAGCACAGAUUUGCCAGUUGCAGCAGACAAACCCUGUGCUCCUGAGACACUUGGAAAACAAAUUCAACACUUACAGAGUUCUCAGGAAGGCGAUGGUGCUUUGGAAAUGAAGGCAACUGACAUGAAAGGAUGGGAUCAGGUUCCUGAUGAAGCAUAUGACCUACUUGAUAAGCUACUAGACUUAAACCCUGCAACAAGAAUAACUGCAGAAGAGGCUUUGCUGCAUCCUUUUUUUAAGUACAUAAGGCUCUAAGAAGAUAACUUACUCUGUUAUUACUUUCAUAUGUUUUGUGUGGAAAUGAAAUACUGAGGCAGUUUUACCUUGUUGCCCUCUACAUUUACACUCAUUGAAAAAACAUCACACUGUGCUCUGAACUACUGAAACUUUGUCUUGUACAGUUAGACUGCAAAUGUCAGUUUAAGAAAUACUUGCAGAUGCAGAAGUUACAUAAACAUCACUAACAUAGUCUUAUCCUAAGACACUUCUGAGAGGUUAUUGCUGUGCAUACCUGUUCUCUAAGAAAGUUAACUUUGAUCAAAAACAACAAAGAAAAAAAGAGUUUCAUAAGCUCUAUGCUUAAUUCUCGAGAUAUUCCCUUAAAAUUUACAACUUUGCCUUAAGGUAAGAUUGAAAUAAGAAAGUGUUUGAGAGACUUCUUUUCUGUACUUUCAUAUCUCUGCUUUGUUCUUGUUUAGUACAUGGGGGGACUGAAAAUGGAAUAAAGUGUAUUCAUUUUGUUCAGACUAUUUUCAGAGAACAGUAUUACUUCAGGAGUGUUGCUAGAGGAAAGACCAGGUGCUGGAGAUUAUAUCAUCAAAAGAAAAACAUGACUUUGAAAAGUACAUUUUUGUUCCUAUCUGGCCUUUCCUAUGUAGGCAGUAGUAAUAAAUGCAGUUUCUCCUUUUGCAAAGCCCAUGUUUCCUCAGUGCCAUGGAUAACUGUCGACAUCCCACAGCUGCUGCCUUCAGGAUGUCUCGGGUGCUACACAUAGGUUUGAUUACUCUUAAGGAGACUGAUUUCUUAAAAAAUACUUGUUCAAUAAAUGAUUUGGUUUUAUAACUUCA